AUGUUGAGUGCUGUAAUUGUUACUUGGGUGAGCUUGGCGCUUGUAGCCGCCGUCGCUGCCCUCUCUUACGCUUACCUCUGGUCGGUGAACAACUACUGGAAGAGACUCGGAGUGCCGGGCACGCGCCCCGAGCUGUUCUUCGGAGACACCCGUCGUGUUCUCUUCGCCACGGAGUCGUUCUCUGCUAUGCUGCAGACGCUGUACCACCAGCUGGACGGAAAGCCAUUUGGUGGAUUUUACAUGAUGAUGACGCCGUGUAUUAUCUUGAGAGACGUCAGUCUCAUCAACCGGAUUCUCGUUACUGAUUUCUCGCAUUUCAGUGACAGACUAGGGAAUCCAUGGACGAAGACAGCCACUUUGGGAGAGCAUAUGCUCAUCCUGACCGGCGUCUUGUGGGAGGAGAUGCGUCUGCGAACCAACCUGGUAUUCACAGUGGAGCACAUGAAGCGAGACUUCUUCCUGGUGAAGGAGUGUUGCACACGGCUGCAGGACUCGGUGAAAGCUCGCAUCAACGGGCAGCCCAGUCGCGACUUGGAGCUCAAGGACCUGCUGUCGUCGUUCACCACUGACGUCAUCGGAAUGUGUGCGUUUGGUAUCGAGUGUGGAGCUAUCGACGACCCAAAUUCACAGUUUCGACGUUUUGCCGAUAUGAUUUUCGAUAAAACCAGGAAGGGGUCGUUCCGCGGUAUGAUCUUACUCAUGCUGCCACAAGUAUCCAUGCUCCUCGGUAGCAACUUCUUCUAUCCUCAUGUGAUGAAAUUCUUCAACAGAGUUUUCACCGAGACCAUCCACUACAGAAAGGGGAAAGGAAUUAUCAGAGACGAUUUGAUGCACAUGCUGAUGGAAUUGAAAGAGAAAGGACUCAAGUCAGGAAAAAAUGGAGAAAGUAUAGAAAUCACCGACAGCUUCUUGGCAGCGCAGGUGCUGAUUGCGUUCGCACUUGCCUUCGACAUGAUGUCAUGGGCUAUGUGCUUCUGCUUGCACGAGCUAUCCCUCAAACCAGACCUGCAGACACGAGCCCGCAUGGAGAUUGACGCUGCCCUGCGGAGGCACUGCGGAGAGAUUAGCUACGAAGCUCUGCAAGAGAUGGCCUACCUGGACAUGGUGGUGGCAGAAUCGCUGCGGAUGUACCCGCCGAUGGGGCAGCUCCUGCGGCAGUGUACCAAGCCGUACCGCGUACCUGGCAGCGACGUGGUGCUCGAGGAGGGCACCCUGGUGUUCGUGCCGGUGCUGGCGCUCCACAGGGACCACCGCCUCUUCCCGGAGCCGCUGCGCUUCAACCCGGACCGCUUCGCCGGUGGCAAGCACCAAGGGUCCCCCCUGGCCACCACGUACCUGCCUUUCGGCGCAGGACCGCGCAACUGCCCCGGCGACACGCUGGCGCUGGUGCAGAUGAAGGCCGGCCUGGCGGCGCUGUUGUCGCGCUACGAGCUGCGCCAGUGUCCGCGCUCCUCGGGCAGCCCGGCCGCUCUGGAGCAGCACGGCUUCUUCUGCACGCCAGCUGGCGGGCUGUGGAUCCGCGUCUCGCCGAGGCCCUGGCUACCUGUCCUCUAG